GGCUUUUGGUUUAGUUAAUCUGACCGCGAAUAAACAGGCACCCCAUCACAUUUCUUUAUUUACAUUUCGCGUAAUCCGUCUCAAUCAUAACAUCCGACACGAGCGUGACAAAGUAGUUGCUCCUCGAAUUCUCAGCAUACCAUAGCCAUAGCCACGGGGAAUUGGGCCGAGCGUCAAGACCUACACCGUGCUCGAGCUUGACGGGCUGUAUCGCUAUGCUCUAACUUUGCUUCGCAACAGAGUAUGCAAUAGAGUACAGUACGACCCACACAUCAUGGCUGAUACUCCAGAUGUUAUAAUAGUGCUUGGACUAAGGUCUAAUGCCGAUGGGAGCGCGCCGGAUUUGAUGAAGCGCCGAUUGCGAGAGGCAGUACGUGUAUGCGAAUCGCUAACUUCAAAUAACCGCCCACAUCCUAAAGUGAUCCUCACAGGCUACCAGGCCCCUGAUCAGGCAAUGACAGAGGCCAAAGCCAUGGAGAAACUAGCCCUUGAAGGGAACUUGUUUCCUCCAGAACACAUCAUCUUAGAAGAGAAGGCAAAUUCCACAGCAGGGAAUGCUUACUGGGGCAGGAUUAUCGUAGAUGACUUAGAUGCAAGUCAAGUACAUGUUGUUACUUCACAGUACCACAUGGAUAGGACUAAGCUCAUCUUUGCCAAGAUCUUUGCACCAGACAUUUACCAAGUACAUUAUCAUGGAUGUGCGCACGACCCAGGAGAUGACUCCAUACCAGAAAGACUGCGGCGUGAAGAGAAAUUCAUGAAAUGUGUAGACCAGCACAUUUAUUACGUCACACAGGACGUCCCAUAUACCAUGAUAGAGCUCUUAAAGUCACCAUUUAUUGAUGACAGACAUUUCACUCAUGGUUUCACGACUAGAUUUGGUGGUAUCUCCACUUACAAGAGUUUAGCUUCAAUGAACAUGAUGUAUAGCCCCAAGCGAAGAGACCCAGAAGCAAACAUCACAGAGAAUCGUCUUCGACUGGCAAGGAAUUGUAUAUUUGAUGAGCACAGUUUUUACUUUGCCAAGUGUGUACAUGGCAAUAAUGUAUGGGUGUUUGGUGACCCAGAGCCAGAGAGUUAUGAUGCUAUUGUAACGUCCCAUACUGGAAUCACCAUUGCAGCUCCGGGGGCCGACUGCAUGCCUCAGGUUUUCUGUGAUCCAGUUAAAAAGAUUUGUGGCAUUGCUCAUGCUGGCUGGAAAGGUGUGCUCGCAGGAGUCUCGCAAGCGGUGAUAGAAGUCAUGAAGAAUCGUUUUAUGUGUAACUCAAGAGAUAUACGCGUAGCAAUAGGUCCGUCUAUUGGUCCAUGCUGCUUUGAGGUAGGCGAAGAUGUAGCAGAGCAGUUUGCGAAGAUCAAUCCCGAUGUAGUCGUCAAGAAAGAAGGUGCUCCAAAGCCAUUUGUGGAUCUGCGAAAGACGUCCAGGAUUGUGCUCGAGGGGCUUGGGAUUCCUUCACUCAACAUUGACGACGGAACAGGUGACAUAGAGAAUGUGGACAAGACUGGGCGUGUGACCCAGUGUACGGUGUGCGACCCUAAAAAGAGGUUCUACUCGUACAGGCGGGAUGGAGAUCAGUACGGUACUCAGAUAGGCUUCAUCAAUGUCAAGACCAAGGUGAAAGACCACGACGAGGAUUCAAAUAAGAAGAAAUGUAUAGUCAGCUAGAUUAAACUGCACGACGCAUAUUUUGUUUAUCUAGAACCUUCCAGCAAAUAAUUUUUGUUUGAGUAAAUGCGAUCUACACAUCCGUCACAAUGGUUGGCUGUGAUUGCUCAAGCUCGUUUCUAUAUGAUCGCACACGAUCUCAGCUAAUUUGACCGUAAGUGAUCGUAAAGUGGUUUCCAUAUGAUCGCACACGAUCUCAGCUAAUUUGACCGUAAGUGAUCGUAAAGUGGUUUCCAUACGGUCGCACACGAUCCCGGCUAAUUUGACCGUACGUAAGUGAUCGUUAAGUGGUUUCCAUACGGUCGCACACGAUCUCAGCUAAUUUGACCGUACGUAGUGAUCGUAAAGUGUUUUCCAUAUGGUCACACACAAUCUCAGCUAAUUUGACCGUACGUAAGUGAUCGUAAAGUGGUUUCCAUACGGUCGCACACGACCUCAGCUAAUUUGACCGUACGUAAGUGAUCGUAAAGUGGUUUCCAUAUGGUCGCACACGAUCUCAGCUAACUUGACCGUACGUAAGUGAUCGUAAAGUGUUUCCAUAUUAUCGUAUUUGAUCGCCUACGAGCUUACUUCUCCAUGUGACAGGGAUAAGUUUAUUGUAUAGCAUGGUUUAAGGUAAUGUAUUUUAAACUGGAAUGAGAUCAGUUGUACGAACCUGUAACAGCAUGAUCUCCACUUAAUAGAUAAUAGCAUUUUGUAUUUCUUUAAUACGAGUUUGUAAUUAAAGUAUUCUUUCAUUUA